CAACAGUUGCAUAGGGAUGUAUGUAUGCACUUUGCGAGUAUGCACUUGAAUGGGGCAUAUUUAGGUACAUAUAUAUCGGCAAAAGGAAUUGACGAGGUUGAUCAUAAGCCAAGGACGGUUUCUUCGAGAUAUCUCGUGCCAUCUGUUGUUACGAAAGAAACACGAGGCAAUGUGGUUAUCAGUGAAUCGAGCAAGGUUCGUCGUGUUUAAAGUAGACCGAGAUACUGGGGCUGACUCGAGCCCCGUUAAGUCCUUGUGACCUUUCGUAGUUUGUGGUGACCUUCACGGGAGGUUGCCCGUAGAACUAUUCGUCCGUCCACAAUCUACUUGUUCUUCAUCUAUUUCCUUUCCUGUUGUGGUACAUCGUUUCGAGCGGAAGUUUAAAUUUGUACAAAUUUAAGGGUGCAAAAGAGCCAACAAAAUGUCAAGAGAACGCGUAUCUAGAAGAUUUUACCGCAUGGACAGCAGUAAUGAUUUAUUAGAAUUUAUGGAUCGUGGAUAUUCAGCACAGCAUGAAAAUCGAUGGAAUUUUGAAGUUGCAUGGGAGGCUGCCAAUAAGGUUGGUGGUAUAUACACUGUAAUACGUUCCAAAGCUUUUGUAUCAACAGAAGAAAUGGGAGAUCAAUAUUGUCUUAUUGGCCCAUACAAAGAAACCUCAGCACGUACUGAAGUAGAGGAAGCUGAUUUUCCACAUAAUAAUCCACUGCAUUUAGCUGUACAAGCUUUACGUGAUCAAGGAUUUAAAGUGAUAACAGGGACCUGGCUAGUGGAUGGAAACCCACAGAUCAUUCUGUUCGAUAUUGGAAGUGCAGCAUGGAAGUUGGAUGAAUAUAAGCAGGAAUUAUGGAAUACUUGUAAUCUUGGUAUUCCUCAUUUGGAUAUAGAAGCUAAUGAUGCAGUUAUUCUUGGUUAUCUUGUGUGUCAAUUUAUUUCUGAAUUCAGACAAGCUGCCGAAGGGUAUUGCGAUGUUCCUCCUCGAAUCGUGGUUCAUUGUCACGAAUGGCAAGCCGGUGUUGGUAUAAUCGCGUUAAGAACCAGACACGUAGACGUUGCUACAGUUUUUACUACACAUGCCACUCUUCUAGGAAGAUACUUAUGCGCGGGAAAGAUUGAUUUCUAUAAUAAUUUAGAUAAGUUCAACGUGGACGAAGAAGCAGGAAAGCGUCAAAUUUAUCAUAGAUACUGUAUGGAACGUGCGGCUACGCAUUUAGCGCAUAUAUUCACAACUGUUUCGGACAUAACAGGUUUCGAAGCGGAGCAUUUACUGAGACGAAAACCUGAUAUAAUCACACCAAAUGGGCUCAACGUGAAGAAAUUUGCAGCAAUUCAUGAAUUUCAAAAUUUACAUGCCGUUAGUAAAGAAAAAAUACACGAAUUUGUAAGGGGUCACUUUUACGGGCACUAUGAUUUCGAUCUGGAUAAAACCUUAUACUUUUUUAUUGCUGGACGUUACGAGUUUGGAAACAAGGGCGCCGAUAUAUUUAUCGAGGCUUUAGCUAGAUUGAAUCAUUACUUAAAAACAUCUAGACCUGAUAUGACCGUCGUGGCUUUCCUUAUUUUUCCAGCGCGAACUAAUAAUUUUAAUGUAGAGUCGUUACGUGGUCAUGCUGUUACCAAAUCUUUAAGAGAUGCAAUUAACGACAUACAACAGAAAAUUGGAAAGCGAAUGUACGAAUUGUGUCUUUCUGGUCGUAUGCCUGACACGCAAGAUCUUUUACAGAAAGAAGAUACCAUCAAAAUUAAACGGUGUUUAUAUGCCCUACAAAGAAAUGGAUUGCCUCCGGUUACCACGCACAAUGUCGUAGACGACUGGAACGAUCCCGUAUUAAACGCCAUCAGAAGAUGCAAUCUUUUCAAUACAGUCAAUGAUCGAGUGAAGAUAGUAUUUCAUCCAGAAUUCUUAUCAUCGACGAAUCCAUUAUUUGGGCUUGAUUACGAAGAAUUUGUCAGAGGAUGUCACUUGGGUGUCUUUCCGUCGUAUUAUGAACCUUGGGGGUACACGCCUGCAGAAUGUACAGUUAUGGGUAUUCCCAGUAUAACCACAAAUCUAUCUGGUUUCGGAUGUUUCAUGCAAGAACACAUAGCUGAUCCAAUGAGUUAUGGUAUUUAUAUCGUGGACAGACGAUUCAUUGGCCUGGAGAACACUGUUCAACAGCUUGCUCAUUAUAUGUUUGAUUUUGCACGACUGAGUCGUCGACAACGUAUUAUUCAAAGAAAUCGCACCGAGCGUCUUAGUGAUCUCCUUGACUGGAGAAACCUUGGCAUCUACUACCGCCAGGCCAGAAUCAAAGCUUUGACAAUCGUUUAUCCAGAACUCGCUUCUGAAUAUGCUGAAAGUGGAGUAGGACGUUUCAGUUAUCCUAGACCUAUUAGCGAACCACCGUCGCCUUCCUCUUCGAGACACACUACUCCUGCUGCGUCGGUUCACGGAUCCGACGAAGAAGACGAAGUAGACGAAGAGAAGGAGCUAGAGGAAUUACGCCAAACAACUGGCACAUAAAUGGUAAAAAGAUAUGGAAAAAUUAGUGGCGAAUAAUUGUGUAUAUUAGAUGAAUACGUGGAGACUUUACGAUAGUAGUACUAAUAAUUUGUUUAAUAUAGUCUCCCAUGAAGAGAAUUAUUAAAUUAUAUAAGACGGUUCAUCAUA